CAUUAGGGUAAAAUUGGGUCCUUCAUUUUAUAUUCGUCUCUCGCGCGAUUUGGUGUUCUAAAGAGGGAAGAUCCGAAGCACAAUCUGAAGCUUCCAUUAUUACCGGUGAUCAAAUCAAGCGGCUUUGAUUAUUAUCAUCGUUAGUCAACAGAUGAGCUGAAUUUUUUGUCCCAAUCUUUUUCGAUUUUGUCUCUGUUUUUAAUAUUUGUUGGAGCUUCGAGUUCUCCGUCUUUCUUGGAGAACAACAAAUGGCCAUUGUUUUGCCAACCAACUCACCCACUUCUUUAAAGGGAAAUUCCCCCUUUGUGCGAAUGUUCCAGAUCCCAUCUUCUUCUUUCAUUGGUUUUUCACUCUUUUGAGCUAACUGGUAGAUCUCUGCCAUGGAAACUGCUCUCUCUGCUUCUUCUUCUUCAGUUUCUUACUCCCUUUUUUCCUCUUCUUCUCAGCAGCCUCACAGGAGCUUCUUCAAGACCUCACAUAUCUUUGAGUUUAAGCUGAGAACGAGGAAAAUGGAGCACACCCAUUUGAAAUUGGCUACCUCUGUCAACUGCAGCCACCCUGGACUGACUCAAGAAGUUGAAAGUAACAAGAUGAACGUUGUGAUAGAAACCGAAACGCGGCAAGACUUAUUCGAGGAAAUCAAGCAUCGAUUUCUAAGCUUUAAAAGGAACACAUAUAUGAAAAAUUUCGAACAUUUUCAACGUCUUUCCGAUGCUCAAUCUCCGAAAUUUUUGGUGAUUUCUUGUGCAGAUUCUAGAGUUUGUCCCUCGAACGUUUUAGGUUUCCAACCCGGAGAAGCCUUUCUUGUUCGCAAUAUCGCGAAUUUGGUUGUACCCUUCGAGAAAGGACCAUCAGAAACACAAGCUGCUUUGCAAUUCUCUGUUAACACGCUCGAAGUUGAAAACAUUUUCGUCAUUGGUCAUAGCUGUUGUGGGGGAAUUCGCGCACUUAUGAGUAUGCAAGACGAAAAACCGAGCUGUUUUAUCACAAAUUGGGUUAUUAAUGGAAAGACUGCAAAAAUAAGAACAAAAGCUGCUGCUUCCAACCUCAACUUCGACCAGCAAUGCCGACACUGUGAAAAGGAAUCGCUCGACAAUUCGCUGCUGAACUUGCUGACAUACCCUUGGAUUGAAGAAAAGGUGAAGAAAGGAAGCCUUGCCAUUCAUGGUGGCUACUACGACUUUGUCGACGGUACGUUCGAGAAAUGGACUCUUGAUUACGAAGCGAGCUGCGUUAAAGAGGAUACUCGUCGACUGGCUGUAAAAAACCGAGAAUUUUGGUCGUAGCUUUUAAAGUAUGCUUUUCUAUCCCUUUAUAGUGUUCCUUAUGAUUCUGUUUUCACGUAUGCCUUUGAAGCCUUGUGAUGAAAAGACAUGGAAGAAUAAUUUGCUUAUAGCAAGUUUGAGUUUGAGAAUAUAUUGACUGCUGCUUUUGUGCUUGUUUACAA